AUGGAUGGUAUAGCUCCUAGAGCUAUUAUCACAGAUCAGGACAGAGCAAUGAAGAAUGCUAUUGCUAUUGUCUUUCCACAGAGUCGACAUCGAUUUUGUUUGUGGCAUAUACUCAAAAAAGUCCCUGAAAAGCUUUCCUCCUAUUCUGCCUACAAAAGUGGGAUGAAAAAUGAUUUGAUGAAAUGCGUGUAUGACACCCAAAAUGUUGAAGAGUUUGAAAGUUCUUGGGAGCAAUUAAUUAGCACUUACAAGUUGGAGGAGAAUGCUUGGUUGAAAAGUUUAUACAUUGAGCGCAAGCAUUGGGUACCGGCAUUCUUGAAAGAUUCUUUUUGGGCGGGGAUGAGUACAACGCAGCGAAGCGAGAGCAUGAAUGCUUUUUUUGAUGGUUAUGUUCAUGCGAAGACAAACUUGAAAGAGUUUGUCGACCAGUUUGACAACGCAUUGAAGAAGAAAAUUGAGAAUGAAAAUAACGCUGACUUUCACUCGUUUAGCGUGACCAUUCCCUGCAUCUCUAGAUCUCCGAUCGAAAAGAAGUUUCAAGAAUUAUACACGAAUUCAAAAUUCAGGGAAGUCCAGCGAGAACUGCAAUGUCUAAUAGAUUUGAGCCCAGAAUUACUUAAGAGAGAUGGUGGUGUCAAGACGUAUCUUGUAGAGGAUGAAGUUCAUGUGGAAGAGUUCACUAAGCUAGUUACAUAUUCAGUGGACUUUAGUGAAGUGGAUACAUCUGCAAAGUGUUCGUGUGGGCUGUUUCAGAUGAGGGGUAUACUGUGCAGGCAUAUUUUGGUUGUAUUUAAAUGUAAUGGUAUAAAAUUUUUGCCAAAUCAGUAUAUUUUAGACAGAUGGAGGAAGGACAUUAAGAGGCGGUACACGUUAAUCGACAGCAGCUAUGCCGAAGGGGCUCAGCGAGCAGAUGCUAACAGAUAUUCUACUCUGUUGAAUAAAUGUUAUAAGAUGAUUACGCACGCUGCGGAUUCGAGAAAACAUACUGAGGAUGCAACACAGAAGUUGGAGGCAAUGAUUGAGUUAUAUAGUGAGAACCAAGAACCUCCAUCAAGAACAUGCACGGGUUCCAAUAACGUUCCAUCGAGACCGAAUGCAACUACAUGUGCGGGUUCAGAUAAAGUACUCAGUCCGCUGGUAGUAAGAGGGAAAGGCAGACCACCAUCUCUGAGGAGAGCAUCGACCAUGGAAAAAGAGAUAAGGAAAGUUAAGGCGAAGGCCAAGAAUGCAACAGUCAAGGGAAAACGUAAACAGCUUGUUGAAGACAGCUCAAUUCUUGAAAAAUGUCGAACCCAGCGCCAAGAAUCACAAAUCGGGAGUCAAGAAAUGAUGUUCCUUGAGUUGGAUGGAUCACAACCGGUGGAUGGUAGGUGA